GAUUUCUCAAAACGGAGGUUCGCCUAGUAGUAAUUUUUGUCGGAAUUUGGCAACAUUUUAUUAGGUUUCCUGUCACGUGGUUUAGUCGAACGAAAUUUGAUGUUUGUAUUGAAUAUGAGUCCUACACUAUAACAAGAAAAAGAAGUCAAGUUUUUAAAAGAGAUGACAACAUCGGGAGAAUUAACAUUGGAUCAUAUUUUAAAUUUCUUGUGUGUUGAGAAAGAGCCAGAAAGAAUUUUUGUAGAACCAACUUUGACACGUGGCUUAGGCAUUGAUAAUAGAAGCACACAUCCUUCUGCUUCAGCAAGAAGAACUUCUACAUCAGAUUCUUUUAGUAGAUCAGAAAACGAUUAUUAUAAGAAAUAUCAAGAGGAGGAAAAAAAGCUAACCUCUCAGCAAACAUUCAGGCAAACUGUACUUAUACCUGGAAUGGGAACAUUGCAUAUUAAUGAAAUGGAUGAUGUUGAACAGAUGAGUUCUGUUAGUGAACCAUCUAGUGGUACAUUACCUGGUAACAGUAAUCCAAGUGAUGACCAAAGUGCUGCAAUUUAUUCAUCAUAUUUUGACCCUAAUCAUACUUAUGAUCCAAAUCUUAUUAUUACACCACACAAAGAAAAGAUAAUACACUUAAUUGAAAUUAAUCAAGUAAUAGUAAUUCAAGGUGCCACUGGAUGUGGUAAAAGCACACAAGUUCCUCAGUAUAUUUUAGACUAUUGUACUUCUAAAAAUAAGCAUUGUAAUAUUGUUGUUACUCAACCAAGACGAAUUGCUGCUAUUAGUGUUGCAAAUAGAGUUUGUCAAGAAAGACAAUGGUCUUUGGGCUCCAUUGUUGGUUAUCAGGUCUCAUUAGACAAUGUUAGGUCAGAAGACACCAGAUUAACAUAUGUAACAACUGGAGUGUUAUUACAAAAAUUAACUAAUGAACAGAGAAUGGACAUGUAUACUCAUGUUAUUAUUGAUGAGGUUCAUGAAAGAGAUAAAGAGACUGAUUUUUUAUUAUUGUUAGUGAGAAGAUUAUUGAGGACAAAUUCAAGAGGAGUUAAGGUUAUCCUCAUGUCUGCAACUUUUGAUACAACAAAGUUUGCUGAAUAUUUCUAUAUACCAGUACAAAAUACAUUAAUGCCAGCACCUGUAUUUGAUAUAGUUGGAAAAACAAGAUUUGUACCAGAAUAUUAUUUAAAUAAUAUUCGAAAUUUGGGCCCUUUGCCUGAACUGGAUCCAUAUCAUCCAUGUAUACCAAAUGAAUCUUACAUACUAACAUAUAAUUUAAUAAAAGUUUUUGAUAGAAUUGAAACACAAGAACAAGAACAGGAAAAUGAUGGUUUGGAAGUGUGUCGUGGAGCAAUACUAAUAUUUUUGCCAGGAUAUGAAGAAAUUGGCAAAAUGCGAGACCUUCUUAGAGAAGAACAAACAACAUAUAAAUGGUGGAUAAUACCUUUACAUUCAAGUAUUACCUCACAGGAACAGUCACAAGUGUUUAAGAAACCACAAACAGGUUAUCGUAAAAUAAUUCUGUCAACAAAUAUAGCAGAAAGUUCUAUAACUGUUCCUGAUAUAAAAUAUGUGAUAGAUUUUUGUCUUACUAAGAAUUUAAUGAGUGAUCCAGACACUAAUUAUUGUCAGUUACAAUUAGCAUGGGCUGCAAAAAGUAAUUGUAAACAAAGAAAAGGACGUGCAGGGCGUGUUUCUGAUGGAAGAUGCUAUAGAAUGGUUCCAUAUGAUUUCUAUGAAAAUCAUUUGCCAGAAUAUGGGAUCCCAGAAAUGAAUCGAUCUCCUUUAGAACAAUUAGUUCUUAUGUCUAAGAAACUGGAUAUAGGAGAACCAAAAGCUGUUCUUGCUUUAGCAAUUGAUCCCCCAAAAUUAGAAGAUAUAGAAAGGGCUAUACUUGUAUUAAAAGAGGUUGGAGCAUUAGCAAUGACUACAAAAGGUUGUAUAACAUCUCAGGAUGGUGAUUUAACCUUUGUUGGUGAAGUUAUGUUACACUUACCAUUGGAUGUAAAAAUAAGCAAGCUUAUACUGUUGGGUUAUGCUUGCAAUUGUUUGGAAGAUUGCCUUAUAAUUGCUGCUAGUCUGUCUUUAAAGGAUUUUUUUGCAAAACCUUUCCAGAAGUUUUUGGAAGCUUACAAAUCUCGUUUAUCAUGGUCUCAUGGAACAUUUAGUGACUGCAUAGCAUAUCUGAAUGCAUAUAAAUUAUGGGAUGAAACUACCCAACGUGGCCAUUUUAGAUUUUCUAAAAACAAACAAAAAGAAGAAGAAUGGGGGAAAACCAAUUUUAUUCAGAUAAAAAAGAUAAAAGAAGUUAAAAUUUUAGUCAAUGAACUGAAAACUCGUUUAGAAAAACUAAAUAUAAAAGCAUCACACCAGGCAAGGAGGCAAACUGUUGAAGAUUCUUUAAUAAUUAAACUUAUCAUUGCUGCAGCAUUUUAUCCCAAUUAUUUUGUACAAGAAGAAACUGAUGAAAUAGAAAUUGCUAAACAAGUUAGCGGUAGAGAUCCAUUGAGAACAGUUGAGGUAAGAGGAUUACCUCCAAAUCAAGGCCAGCUAUAUGUAACAGCAUUAAAGAAUUUACUUUCUCACUGUUCAAGAAAUAUGACAAUACAUUUUGAAGAAAGAAGGCAGUUACGAAUGCCUUUGCAGCUUCAGAUAUAUGAUAAAGCUGAGGCAAGCAGAAAAUUGGAACAAUUACUUCAGUUGAGAAAUGAAAAAUGUAGUAAAGAGAGAAGGCUGCAAACUAACAGAAUUUUUAUACAAGUAACAGAUGAUAAUAUAAAUCAAGUUGCGCUUCCGUCGCUCAAUACAACAGUUAUUCGUAUAUUUGCUACUUUUAUGGUGGAUUGUGGACAUUUUUGGGCUCAAUACAGAGAUACUAGUGAAAUGAAUUUACAAUUUUUAAAAGAUGCAAUAAAUUUGAAUGAAGCGCAAAAUUUUCAGCCAGUGACAAAAAUAUAUCCAGGAAAAAUAAUUUUGGCACCAUUUUUUGAAGCACACAAUACCAUGAGUUAUUAUCGUGCUAAAAUUGAAGAAAUAACUGAAGACGGCAUUAAAGUAUUUUUUAUAGAUUAUGGAAAUAAAGAGAUUAUUCCAAAUAAAAGUCAUUUGAAAGAAAUUGAUGCUUUAAGGACUCCUGAUCUUUUAACCAUUCCUGCCCAAGCAUUUGAAUGUGCUUUGUGUGAAAUUCGACCAUCAGUAUUAAAAAGUACUGAUGGUAAAUGGACAGACGAGGCUCGAAGAUGGUUUCAGUCAGCCGUGAACGGGCAGGAAUUAAUAGCAACUGUAUAUUCUGUAGUGCAAAAUGUUGUGAGAUUGGAAUUAAAGAGAACAGAAGAAACUGGAAUUGAAAUAAACAUCAAUGAAGAAUUAAUCAAAAGGGGACUUGGUGAAAAAGCAGAAGAGAGUUAUAGUUCUAAAAAAAAUCAUGAAAUGAGAAAGAAAUUUAAAAAUUCGGUUGUAUAUGAUAGUAAUAAAGAUGUUGACAAAGAUACUGACUUUGUGCAUUUUACAAUGAAUGAAGUAGAUCAGAUCAAUUCUUCUACAAAGCCAACACAGAGAAUAUUGUUGAAUGGUCCAUCUAGUGCACUUGAAACAUCUUAUUUAGGAAUGACUUACUUAAGUAGAUCCAGACGUGUGCGAAUUGACCGAGAUAGCGUUAAUUCAGUUAUCCUUGAUUCCGAACCUCAAGACAAACAUUCCAGAUUGUUAGUUUCUUCUUAUGUUGGCUUAAGUGCAGAUGGUUCAGCAAUCAAUGCAAGAAAUACCACUUUAAUGCCUAAUACUCAUGGCUUACCAGCAUUAGUUGCUCUAACAUUUGCACCAUAUGCAGAAUUCAGAACUGACACUGAAAGAAAACAUUAUACUGGAGCAUUGUGUGGACUGGGUUAUGAUGAAGAAACUGGCAACUCAUUUCAUCCUGAUCAUGACAUAGAAUUAGUUUUUGAAACAUCAUUUGAUGAAAACGAUAUUAUUAUAAUAAACACUAUUAGAAUGGGAAUAAAUUUAUUAUUAGGUGCAAAAGAAAAGCCAGCCAAUAUAGACAUCCCCAAAAUACAAAAAAAGAUAAGAAGAAAUCUUUUAGACCUAUUAAUAAAAGUCAGAAAUUCUGUAGAGCCAAAGGAAUUUCGUCAUAAAUAUAAAUGGAAGCAAAUUGAAAAAAAGUAUAUAUUGAAAUCAACAGUAGAAGGUACACCCUGUGAUUGUCCUCAUGUAUUUCCUCUUCACAAAGCUGUCGAAUUAAUAGAAGAUAAGGUUAAAAUUAUGCUACAAGACCACAUUAGAGAACUGCAUUUAAUAUCCAAAAGUUGCUCACAAGGGAUAAAUGUAAAUAAAUGUCGUCUGUGUGGUAUUACUGUCAAAACGUUGAAAGAUCUCAGGAACCAUCUUCAAGAUUCAGAUCAUAAAGAAAAAGAGUUAAAAUUAUUUGAAGAUUAAAAAGACAAAUUGUUCAAAGAUGAAAGCACAUUAUUUUUUAUUUUUAACUGUCUGUUUUAAAGUAUAAAACAGUAAAAGACUACAAUCUUAUUUAU